CACACACACACACACAUAAAAGAACGCGCCCUAAAACGCGUAAAGUGACUUUAAAAAAUGCAGAGAGCAAAAGGUGAAUUUGCUUGUAUUUCUUGACGGCAUGCUUCUUGACUGGAAGCGUUUUGAAGAUACGAUAGAGUUUGAUAAAGACAAACACGACAAACAUGAAUAUCUAGUCAAAAUUAUUCAAAGUUCUGGCUUUCUCAAUACAUUCUUGACACAAUUACUCGAGGAACUAAAGAGUCAUGAGACAGCAACACAAUGCGUAGAGAGAUAUCCAAAUGUCGGCAUUAUUUUAACUCGAGCUUCUACACAUCCAUUCAUAGCUUAUCAUAUCACAAACGCUGAACUGUUAAUAUCUUGUCUAAUUGAAUACAGUAAACUGAAUUUGGCCUUCCUGAACGAGGGUCUAGAUUUGAAUGCUUCAAAGAACAAAUCCAUCAAAUGGUGUAUUAUCCGACUACGGCGCCUUGUUAGUGCAGCUCAUACAACGGAAGACGAUAGUCGCCUAUUUCGGAGAAUUGAAGAGCUACUUGAGGCAAAGAAAAAUAAUCUAGAUAGUCAGUUGCUUAGUAGAUUAGCGGACAAGUGUAUUGCAUUGUUAUAUGAAGAGAAGGCAACAAUUAUUUUGGAAAAAUUGCUUUCAUGCAUCUUGAACAAAACCGAAAAAAAAGACCCUCUCCAUUUUGAUCCAUCAGAAUCUAUACUGUCAAAUGAAUUUAUAACAAGCUUGUCUCAUCUAAUGGUUGAUAGGAGUCCAAAUAAUCAGUUUUUGCAAUGGCCUGAUGAUCUGAAAAUAAGGCUUUUGUUAAAUUACAAAGAGCUUUUAACAAUUCAAGUUCUCGAGUUUGCCAUUGUUUUUAUAGAACAGCAGAAUAACUAUGAAAAUUUAGAUAUUCUUUGCACCAAAUUACAGCAAAAUGGGCUUUUGAAACUCAUAAGAUCUUCUGUGGAUCUUACUAUAGCUUUUGUAGAUACAUUUUCAGCCUAUGUUGUUCGAUUUUCGAAUUGGAAACUUGUUCGAAUAUCUCAAUGCAUUCAUCGCAUAUUACGAUACCCAUUUUUGAACCUCAAAAGUAUAACCAUGCCAUCAGAAAGACAUCAACAUUUGAUCAAUUACAUUUACAAUGGAUCGAUAGAAAGUAUACUAGAUAGAAGAAACGUUGCAUGGUGUUUUGCUCUAUCGCCAACCCAUUUUCUCUGGCAUUGUGUAUAUACACUCAUUCAAUGGUGUCAACAGAAAGAACCAUGGUGUUUAGAGAUGGAAAGCAUUCUUGUGCAUGUCAAUUGGGUUAUUUACCCUAGCCUAGAUUCUCGUGAGUCGCAAUCUCUGUAUGAUUUGAAGAGCUGGAUACAAUCAAGCCAAGGAAAUGAUGGUAUACUUAUUUACCUUCCUAAAAUGUGGCAUUCUAUCUUGAACAGUAAUUUACUUAUUCUCGCCUGUUUUGUAACAUCGAUCUUUUUCUCAACAAGCAGUUUGCAUGUGGAGCAGCAAUUAUCAUUGGUUGAACAUAUUCUGACAAGUUCGGAUCAAAGUAAACACGAGAUACCAAAAACGUAAGUAAGAAAGAAGAAAAAACCAAAUUCUGUUCUUAAGGGCAACAUGAUAUAGUGAACAUGCAGCUGUGCUCUAUAACAUCUUGGAUUGUUUAUAUGACAUUCAAUCCCAUAGAGAUAUGUAUCCCUCAAGUUCGUAUGUCGAUGCAGAGAAGCUAGCCGAUUUGAUUCGAGACAAGUUACUUUUAAGGUAAUAAAGUAUUCGUAAUC